AUGGCGCUGCCGCGGGCGCGGGCGCUGUACGACUUCCGGCCGGAGAACCCGGGCGAGAUCUCGCUGCGGGAGCACGAGGUGCUGAGCCUGUGCAGCGAGCAGGAGAUCGAGGGCUGGCUGGAGGGGGUCAACAGCCGCGGCGACCGCGGCCUCUUCCCGGCCUCCUACGUGCAGCUCCUCCGCGCCCCCGCCGCCGAGCCGCCGGCCCCGCGGCCCGCCCCGGCCCGCUACGCCAACCUGCCCGGCGGCGGCGGCGGCGGCGGUUUGGAGCCGUUGGCGGCGCCGCCGCCGGCGUCCCCCUUCCACGCGCCGGCGCAGGCGCAGCUCCCGCCGCCGGCCGCCGAGCCCUUCCAGCUGCCGCCGCCGGCCGGCUACCCCUUCCCUUACGGCGGCUGCCCCGCGCCGCCCAGCCAAGGCAGCGACGACGACUGGGACGACGACUGGGACGACAGCUCCACCGUGGCCGACGAGCCGGGCGUGCUGGGCGGCUCCUACCCGGACUACGAGAGCGCCGGCCCGGCGGCGGCGGGCCGCUGCCGCCGCUCGGGCCGCUCGGAGCUGUCGCUGGGCUCGCGGGGGAGCCCGGCGGGGCCCUACCCGCCUCCCGCCGGCGGCGGCGGCGCCAAGAGCUCGGCCACGGUGAGCCGCAACCUGAACCGCUUCUCCACCUUCGUCAAGUCCGGCGGCGAGGCCUUCGUGCUGGGCGAGGCGUCGGGCUUCGUGCGGGACGGCGACAAGCUGUGCGUGGUGCGCGGGCCCCAGGGCCCCGCCUGGCAGGAGGACCCCUACCCCUUCCAGUGCUCCAUCGAGGACCCCACCAAGCAGACCAAGUUCAAGGGCAUGAAGAGCUACAUCGCCUACAAGCUGGUGCCCAGCCACACCGGGCAGCAGGUGCACCGGCGCUACAAGCACUUCGACUGGCUCUACGGGCGCCUGGUGGAGAAGUUCCCCGUCAUCUCCGUGCCCCACCUGCCCGAGAAGCAGGCCACCGGCCGCUUCGAGGAGGACUUCAUCUCCAAGCGGCGCAAGGGCCUGGCCUGGUGGAUGGACCACAUGUGCAGCCACCCGGUCUUGGCCCAGUGCGACGCCUUCCAGCACUUCCUCACCUGCCCCAGCACCGACGAGAAGGCCUGGAAGCAGGGCAAGCGCAAGGCCGAGAAGGACGAGAUGGUGGGCGCCAACUUCUUCCUGACCAUCAGCGUCCCCGCCGGCCACCCCGCCGCCCUGGACCUGCAGGAGGUGGAGAGCCAGGUGGACGCCUUCAAGAGCUUCACCAAGAAGAUGGACGAGAGCGCCCUUCACCUCAACCAGACGGUGAACGAGUUUGCCCGCAAGCAGGUCACCGGCUUCAAGAAGGAGUACCAGAAAGUGGGGCACUCCUUCAGAGGCCUCAGCCAAGCCUUUGAGAUGGACCAGCAGGCUUUCUCCGUUGGCCUCAAUCAAGCCAUUGCCUUCACUGGAGAAGCUUAUGACGCUAUUGGCGAACUCUUCGCAGAUCAACCUAGACAGGAUCUGGACCCUGUGAUGGAUUUGUUAGCGCUGUAUCAGGGACAUCUGGCCAAUUUCCCAGACAUCAUUCAUGUCCAAAAAGGAGCCCUUACCAAAGUGAAGGAGAGUAAGCGGCAUGUAGAAGAAGGAAAGAUGGAGGUCCAGAAGGCGGAUGGCAUUCAAGAUCGUUGUAACAUUAUUUCUUUUGCUACCCUGGCAGAAAUUCACCAUUUCCACAAAAUUCGAGUCAGGGACUUCAGAUCACAAAUGCAGCAUUUCUUACAACAGCAAAUACUUUUUUUCCAAAAAGUGACGCAAAAGUUAGAAGAAGCUCUUCACAAGUACGACAGUGUUUAAUGUCUGGAUGGCUACAAUAUUGUUUUAUUCCUGGACUCUGAAUAGUGGAUAUUUCUUGGCAUACGGAUGAGUUAAGCAACAGAGACAACAAAUACUACUCUCAAAGAAUUAUUGGCACCUCCUUGGGUCUGCUGUACAAGGAUGGUUUUAUAAUCUGUUUUUGGAUCCAACUGAACCUAAUAAUUGCAUUAGGAGAAAAUAAUUAUUCCUAUGUAGCGGAGACUGUACUACACAUUGUAACUAAGUUAUACUCCGAAUGCCUACACUACCAUUGUAAUGUUUUUGACAUAAUGAUUAUACUAUCUGCCUUAUUGCUUUUUUGAAACACGGUAUUUUAGUGCAUAUUCUGUAGACCUCAAAACCUUUUGGGUCUUCAAAGAAGCUGGUUACUUAAAGAACCCGCUUCAGCUGCCUUUUUUAAGAUGCUCUUUGGUUUGAAUUUUCUAAAUUCAACCAGUUAUCUGUUUACAAAUUCCUGUUAGAGCAGCUAUGCGACUUUGUGCCUUUAGAUUCACAAUUUUUCAGUUUUUUUCCCUAAUAAACCACAUUUUUACGACUGAAUGAAUGAAGGGUUGGCACCUCUAACAGGGCCUGAUUUCAAACCUCAUAGUGGC